AUGGCAUUAGAUUUUAGAGGCAAAGUUGUUAUAGUGACUGGAGCAGCAAGAGGAAUUGGUAAAGAGUACUGUAAUUACUUUGCUGAUCAGGGAGCUAAGGUUGUUGUUAAUAAUAGAUGUAAAAAGGAUAGUGAGAAUUAUCUAUUAGUAAAUGAAGUAAUUAAGUUAUAAAUUUUUAGAUAGUAAGAAACAUUAAUUUAAGGGGAGGGAUAGCGAUUGCUAAUUAUGAUGAUAUUUUAGAUGGUGAUCACAUAAUCAAAUAAGCAAUCGAUAAUUUUGGUAGGAUUGACAUUUUAAUAAAUAAUGCUGGUAUUAUUAAAGACAAUGUUUUUGCCAAGAUGAGUAAAGAAGAGUAUGAAGAUGUUGUUAAUGUUCAUUUAAAUGGGACAUAUAAAUGUUGUAAGGCUGCAUGGCCAUAUAUGAUAAAAUAGAGAUAUGGAAAGAUAAUCAACACUAUUAGUGGCUCUGGUUUAUAUGGUUAAGUAGGUUAAGCUAAUUAUGCAACAGCAAAAUCUGCCAUUAUUGGAUUUUCUUUUAGUCUUGCUAAAGAGGGUGAAGAAUUUAAUAUAAGAACUAAUAUAUUAUCUCCUGUGGCUGCAUCAAGAAUGACUGAGACUAUUUUGCCUUAAGACAUGCUUGAAGGUAUCAAUCCAAAUAAUGUUGCUCCACUUGUUGCUUAUUUAUGUAGUGAUGAUUGUUAAGAAAAUGGUGCCAUCUAUGAAUGUUCAGGAGGAUUUAUAAGUAGAGUAAGAUUAGAUAAGGAGCCAAUCGAUUUUCUUAAAUGGUCAAAAUUAUGAACAAAAUAAUAUCAUUUAGAAUACAU